UUGGUUCAUUUAAAAAUAACACGCACGCAACCCCGCCAUUUAAAUGUUUUAAAAGUCGUGUGUUUCCCCUUUCUGCUUGUACCAAGUGAGGAAUAAGUGAAAGGAGGACUAGCCGCACGCCUGAUUCUUCGCCUCGUACAAAGUUAACCUUAAAUAAGCAUCAUGGGAUCCAGUGAGAGCAAGAUGGGUGUGUCUGCACCAAUAAAACCAGAACCAGCCAUCAAAAACAGCCGAGUCAGUCAUAUAAUAGAUCCACGCUCUCCUUCAACUGGAAUAGAUCGUACACCCAUUCAGGUUGGAGGGCUUGUGUCUAAAGCUGUUGGUGAGGUGAAAAGUGAGUGUCCACUGGCGUUCACUGAUCCCCGCUCACCUACUGUCGGCAUUACACGCACCCCUGCCAGAGAAGUCAUGAGAGCGACAGUUGGGUCAUUCGCUCGCCGUCUGGGCAUGCUCUUCCACAAUGAGUCUGAAGGCAAAGUCCCUGAAGCCCCUAAGAAACUCUUCAAUAAUGCAGUGGAGGGGGACGCCUUCAAGGGCGAAGAGUUGGCUUCCACUGAGCCCCUCCUGAGCACCCAGACCUUCAACAACUUCGGCUCCUUGGCUGAGCACGCUAACCUCCUGGCCACCCCUGAACUGCCCACUCUCCAAAGUGUGGUUAACUCGAGCCCCUUUGUGCUUCUUGAGAAUCCCCAAGUGGAGGUGGAGAUAGAAACUGAGGCAGACAUUAGCCUGGAGGAGGCUGAAGAAGCAAGAGAGUCUCCUCUUCACAAGAGACUGAGCAUGAGCCUGAUAACUUGCCAUGAGGGAGCAACCUCAUCCCAGAUAUUCGCUGAGGUGCACCGUGACAGUACUUCAUCCCCUGUGCCUAGUGUGGAAGUGGAGCCACUCGGGGAUGGUGUGGAUCACUCUUAUGCCCUUCCUUCUGUCACUGUUGAACCAGAGUCCCCUGUUGAGCCCUCCCUACCUACGGAUUCAGAUGAUUCCCCAGCUCAGGUGUCCCCUGCACAGUCAAAGGAAGCAGAGCAAAUGACAUCUGAGGAACCAAAGGAGCUUGUUAAAGAAUCGUCUUUGCCUCCUGCAGCCGCUCCAUCAGAGCCACCCACUGCUGCCAGCCUAGAGCAGCCACAGCUCUGCACCGGCAUCCGCUGCCCCACCUUUGACUCAAAGAGCCCCAGUCAAGUGGUGUUUAAGCCACAGUGGUUGGGCAAAGGUUUUAUCACCACUGGGCUAAGAGCUAGAGGAGUGCAGGGGCACGGUGGAAAAGGAGGCUCCUCUCCUCUUGCUGUCCGUGUGGCCGUGAAGAAAGUAAUCAAUGAAAACAAGGGACAGUCUGGAAAAGUGAAGCAGAAAGGUACUGAAGGCCGCUCCCCACUGCAGAUCCUUAAGGAGACCAACUCGCCCGGUGACCAAUGUCGUCAGAUGAAGCUGAAGGUGUCCACCCCAGAGAAGCAGAGAUUUGGACCGAUGGACCGCAGAGUGCUGGCAGUGUCUCUGGAUAAGGAGAAUAGAUGAUUCACUGCAGCAGCUUGUAUAGAAUCCUGCCACUUUUAUAACUCUAAACAAGCUCUUUUGUGUACAGCUUUCUUCUUAAACUGACUUUGUGUCUGUGUAUUUUACUUCAACUGUUUCCAGACUGUUUUGUCUUUUUGUAAAUAUAAAUAAAAUUAUUUGCCUUGUUAAGCUUUGAA